UACUGCACAAGUGUCCAAUGAGGAUCUCUGAUGAUGCGGAGUCAUGGCGCUGACAUGAGCGGAGAGAAAACAGACACAUUAGCAGAGUUAACCGCUGAAUAGAGAUAUAGGAAAAAUUAUACCAAUCUGUCAAACUAUCCGAAGCGGAUAGCAACCGAAAUCGUUAACAGCUGGAUUCGACACAGAACUGAGACACUGCACACUGCAUUAUGGAGAAUAUUGGCAUCUACUGCAUUCCAAAAAUACCCAGCCUCUUGGGAACCCAGUACAUGCACAAAUGAAUGUGUUAUUCCUCAACCCUGCUAUGCAUGCAUAAUAUGAAUCCAGAAUUCUGACCAGACGUACGCCAAGAGAAAUACAGUAAGCAAUGGAGAAAUCAGUUAUACAAACGCAGCCCUCUAUGCUGCCCUUCUUUGACGCAGCCCAUGCUGUCAACUUGCUCCGCGGCAUCCAUGAGCUCCGCGCCGAGCGCAAAUUCUUUGAUGUCACGUUGUGUGCUGAAGGCAAAGAGUUCCAUUGCCAUCGAACUGUGCUAGCAGCUGCCAGCACCUACUUCCGUGCCAUGUUUGCCGGUACGCUGCGAGAGAGCGUCAUGGACCGUGUGGUGCUACACGAAGUAUCGGCUGAACUGUUGGGCCUCCUGGUGGACUUUUGCUACACAGGUCACGUGACUGUCACACACGACAACGUGGACCUCCUGCUCAAGACAGCGGACCUCUUCCAGUUCCCAUCCGUCAAAGAAGCAUGCUGCGCAUUCCUGGAGCAGAGACUUGAUGUUUCCAACUGCUUGGAAAUCCAGGACUUCGCAGAGGCUUACGCCUGUCGUGAGCUAGCGGCUAGUGCUCGCCGUUUCGUGCUGAAGAACAUUGUGGAGCUGGCGAAGAGCAUGGACUUUGAACGGUUGUCGUGGAAGCGGCUGCUGGAGUUUGUGUCUGAUGACGGACUGUGUGUGGAUAAGGAAGAAACGGCGUACCAGAUUGCCGUGCGCUGGGUUAAAGCUGACUUGCAGCACCGGUUGUAUUACUGGCCUGAGUUGUUGCAGCAAGUACGGCUGCCGUUUGUUCGCCGUUUCUACCUUCUGGCCCAUGUGGAGAGCAAUCCACUGGUCUACUUGUCGCCAGCCUGUUUACGGUUAGUCAGUGAGGCACGCAGCUUUCAGUCUUACGAAUAUGACCGCCAUGACCGACCCAGCCAUCGAAUGCGCCCACGUCCAUCCACCGGCCUGGCCGAAAUUCUGGUGGUGGUGGGAGGAUGUGAUCAAGACUGUGAUGAGCUUGUUACAGUGGAUUGUUACAACCCACAUACUGGACAGUGGAGAUACUUAGCAGAAUUCCCAGACCACCUUGGAGGUGGCUACAGCAUAGCCGCCCUGGGCAAUGACAUUUACGUGACAGGUGGCUCAGAUGGAUCACGUCUCUAUGAUUGCGUUUGGCGAUACAACUCCAGUGUGAACGAGUGGACGGAGGUCUCCCCCAUGCUGAAAGCCAGAGAGUACCACAGCUCCUGCGUCCUGAAGGGUCAACUCUAUGUGGUAGCCUCUGACAGCACAGAGCGCUAUGAUCAUACUCUAGACUGCUGGGAGGCCCUUCCGCCCAUGCCACAUCCCAUGGAUAACUGUUCUACUACGGCGUGCAGGGGACGGCUCUAUGCCAUUGGCUCCUUAACCGGAGAGGACACAAUGGCAAUUCAGUGCUACGAUGCUGAAAGCAACCGUUGGUCACUAGUCAACAGUGGAGAACUGCCUCCAUGGUCCUUUGCCCCCAAAUCAAUGACUCUAAAUGGGUUGAUCUACUUUGUAAGGGAUGAUUCAGCAGAAGUAGAUGUCUACAACCCACAGAAAAACGAAUGGGAAAAGAUUAGUCCCAUGACACAAGUUCAUGUUGGAGGCAGUGUAGCAGCUCUGGGCGGUCGACUCUAUGUGUCCGGUGGCUAUGACAACACUUUUGAGCUAUCUGACGUGGUGGAGGUCUAUGACCCCUCUACUCGAUCUUGGACCCCAGCUGGCCGACUCCCCCAGCCCACCUUCUGGCAUGGAAGUGUCAGCAUAUUCCGACAGUUCAUGCCUCUUGUUCCAAGCACCUUCGAACCCAUCGACAUAGCUGAGGCCAAUGCCAUGCACCUCCACAGACACCACCGCAAUCAGGCACUUCACAACCACAACAACAAUGUCAAUCAGAACCGCAACCAAGAUGUCAAUGAAGUGCAUUGAGAACUUUACUAAACACGAGACUGAAUGUCAUUCAAUGUGACAUCGCUACUAGGUGUUUUGCACUUUAUCACAUAUUCACCUCAACCGGGCAGCAAAGGGAGCUGGUGAAUGGACAAUCAAUGUUUGCAUUAUUUCUCCCAGUAACCCAGUGUUACUACAGAUUUAAUUGUUGCAUGCAUUUCUAAUGCUGACUGUGUUUACCUUGAACAGAGACUUGAGUGAAGUGACUCAUGAAAUAGUGCCUAUCAUGUUUGGUGAAUUUCAAGCAAUGGAAAUUGCAUGAAGGUUAUGCUAAUUUUUCUUUUUAAAUUAAUUUUAUAAUUCAGCAUGGACCUCCUGAAGUGAUCCACAACAAUGCAACUUCAAGCCAACAUCCCAAAAAAUAUAAUAUCAUAUCAUAACCUAAUGUAAAGUAAAAAAUUGCUAUUUUCAAAAAAUAAAAAUUUGAGACCCCAAUCAUUCCAAAAAAGUGAAAGUUUGGAUCAAUUAAAACUGUAGAUGCAUGUUUGUAGCAUGAUUGGACAGAAUUCUGCAAUGUGGAAAACAAAAGGUAUUUUAUAUACACCGAGAAGAUACGGGAGAAUCCAAGAUUUUCCAAAAACACCAUAGUUUUUACAGAUAAACAUAAUAACUGUGUUCCAGCAUAACCCAUUGUUUAUUGUUCAUCUUGCUAGAAUUACAUAUUUCAGACAAUAGCGUGCAUGCAGUGAUCACAUUUUUUUUGUGUGAAUUUGUAUCCGCCUUGCUUUUCAACUCUCAUAUUUUAAUAUUAAAUUAAGUUUAUGAUUAUCUAGUCGUUGUUUAUUUUAGAGGAAUGUAUGUAACCGUUUAUGAGAAACAGCUUGUGUUUAUUAAGCUGUCUGCAGUCAUUAAGAAAGCAUGAGGAAUAGAUGAAGGUAUUGUAUUUUUAUGCCAAAUUGUAUUCGAAUGCUGUACUAAUAACUGGAAGUAGUAAUUCAGUAUCUCGUUAUUCUUGAGUAAAUGUAUGUGUUUGACAAUAACAGUAUGAAACUAAUUAUUUACGACACGCUUAAGCGGUACUUGACGUUGAUUUUAUUUUUCCUUAAAUGUUUUUUUGUUUUUGUUUUUGGCCUAAAUCAUUUGUACAAUACAGACAAGGUGAUGAUUUGUGUAAUGUUUGUUUGGUCAACCAAUAAAUGACUAUAUGUAAUAAGUUCACAAUCACGUGAGAGACGAACUGUCUGACAUACAGUUUUAACAUUCGAAUGUUCUGCAAAGCCCCUCAUAGAUUUGUGUUAGACACAUCUAAUUUUCCAUCAAGUUGGAAUUAGUACUGUGCAUCUUGCCCUCUGGAAUCAAUCAGUGGAAGUCACUGUGUCAUAUAAGGAUGCAGAAAGAGUAUUCAGCUCGAGCACAAUAAAUA